AGUGGCUGCCUCCCAUCUUCCUCCCCGGCAGCGCCGGAGCCCCCAGCAGCCGGAGCGGCGGCAGCUGACGAUGAGGAGCGCGGGGGGGGCGGGGGGGGGCCGUUAUUUAUAUCGUUAAAGGGACAGGCCGCCCAUUUCUCCGCCGCGGGGGCUGGGGGGGGCCGCUGCACGGCCACCGACUUUCUCCCCCCCCCUUUCCCCCCCCUCCCCAACCCCCGGACCGGAGGAACCCGGGGCUGAGUGAGGCGCUGAGGCGACAGCGGAGAGUUUCUUCCCUCCUCCCUCCUCCUCCUUCUCCUCCUCCCCGCGGCCGUCAGCGGAGGGAGAAAGGGCCCCGCCGGGAGCACGGAGCAGCCGGGCGGCCCCCACCCCCCGCGCUCCCCUCCUCCCCCUUUAUUGCCCUUUGUGUGCGUUCGCCGCCUGCGCCGCUCCGGGGCCGGCCGGGCGCCGGGGGGCCGCUGAGGGCAGCCCCAUUUGAAGACUUAAGUCAUUUUCCCUAGCAGAGUCCCAUUCAUACUGUCUCAGAUCCUUACUGACGAUGGUGAUCAUUGGAGGUAUAAAUACUGAAGGAUACGUCAUUUACAGACAAGAUCUUUGAAGUUUAUUUCCUUCAGACAGCAGUGGAAGAGGAGGCUAAAAUCAAAACAUAACAGACAGAAAAACAUAAAGACUAGAAGAAACAGCACUUCACUUUUUCUUUCCAAAUAUUCAGAGAACCACCAAAAUCUGGUGGAUUACCUCCACCCAUCUUCUGGAUUUGAGAUGUAACCUGGCGUGCAAGAGUUCCUCAGAUGAGGGGUGCAGUAAGACAAGGAGCCAGCCUCAAUGGACAUAGCCCAUUAUCGAGAUCUCAACAGGAGAAUAUCUAAAGCAAAUCUCCAAGUGCAUCAAGAAUUCUAAGAAGGCUAAAUAUCCCUGAGGUAACUAGAAGGAAGACCAUGAGGAGUAAUGUAGCUUGGAAUGAACGUGAUGAUAAUAUCCACCUUAAAUCUAAUGCUUAACGAGGAAAAAGGCUGUUUUAUUGGAGCCAGGAAGUCAUGAAAGGAACUCAAGAAGAGAACUUGGAUAAUGAACGGAAGAUAAAAAGAAAACAAAAAGAAUGUGGCAUAUAAAGGGUAUAAUACCUGGAGGUAUUAGAUCUGACUCAUAUUUAUAAAAAUGAGACGAGCUUUCACAAAAUACAAGUUAUCUUAGUCAUCAAGCUUGGAACCAUGCUGUUGAACUAGAAAUUCUCCUUUUCCCCAUUCUCCUUUCUGACAGGUAACAAAGGAUUGGUGAAUUAUGAUUUUCCCAAGUUGGAAGCACUAAUUUUUAUCUAUAUAGUUCGUCCUUAUGAAUAUAUAAGGAGUUAAACAUUGCAUAUUUAAUGUGGAUUAUAAUGGGAAACUGACUCAUUAACAAAAAUGGCCACUUUUAAGGACUUGGUUUCAAACUGAGCUGGAGCCUCCCAAUGCACUUUGUACAAUUUGGGGAAAGAUGUACUGAAUGGCCUUCUUUGGGAGGCCAUGAUGACAUGUAGUAAAAGGAUAUCAUCUUACUGUUGAUAUCUUUGAAGACUCAUAAACAGAAACAGAAAAAUGAAUGGUGGAAAGGAGUGUGACGGAGGGGACACGGAUGGAGGGCCACCAGCAGUGCAAGUUCCCGUUGGUUGGCAGCGACGGGUGGACCAAAGUGGAGUGCUCUAUAUCAGUCCCAGUGGGUCUUUAUUAUCCUGCUUGGAGCAGGUGAAGACCUACUUGCUGACUGAUGGAACCUGCAAAUGUGGCCUAGAAUGUCCUCUUGUUCUUCCCAAGGUCUUUAAUUUUGAUCCUGGAGCUGCUGUGAAGCAGAGAACUGCUGAAGAUGUUAAAGCAGAUGAAGAUGUCACCAAACUAUGCAUACAUAAAAGAAAGAUUAUUGCUGUGGCUACACUUCAUAAAAGCAUGGAAGCACCACAUCCUUCACUAGUUCUAACUAGUCCUGGUGGUGGAACAAGUGCAACUCCGGUAGUUCCUACUCGAGCAGCAACUCCAAGAUCAAUGAGGAAUAAAUCACAUGAAGGAAUUACAAAUUCUGUGAUGCCAGAAUGUAAGACUCCUUUCAAGUUGAUGAUAGGGGCAUCUAAUGCCAUGGGUAGGCUUUAUGUGCAAGAAAUGGCUGGAAGCCAGCAACAAGAACUUCAUUCUGUCUAUCCUAGGCAGAGAUUGGGUAGUAAUGAACUUGGACAGAAGUCUCCAUAUCGUGGCAGUCAUGGUGGGAUGCCCAGUCCAGCUUCAUCAGGAUCACAGAUAUAUGGAGACGGCUCAAUCUCUCCUAGGACUGACCCACUUGGAAGCCCUGAUGUUUUCACAAGGAACAAUCCCAGUUUUCAUGGAGCACCCAACUCAAGUCCUAUUCAUAUGAACAGGACACCUCUGUCUCCGCCAUCAGUAAUGCUACAUGGUUCUCCCAUACAGUCAUCCUGUGCAAUGGCUGGAAGGACUAAUAUACCUCUUUCCCCAACCUUGACCACAAAAAGCCCUGUAAUGAAAAAACCCAUGUGUAAUUUUUCAGCUGGUAUGGAAAUACCACGAGCAAUGUUUCACCAUAAACCACCCCAAGGUCCACCUCCACCUCCUCCACCGCCUUCUUGUGCUCUUCAGAAAAAGCCAUUAACAUCAGAAAAGGAUCCACUUGGCAUACUUGACCCUAUUCCUAGCAAACCAGUCAAUCAGAAUCCUGUUAUCAUUAACCCAACUACUUUCCAUUCAAAUGUCCACUCUCAGGUACCCGUGAUGAAUGUAAGCAUGCCUCCUGCUGUCGUCCCUUUGCCAAGUAAUCUUCCUUUGCCAACUGUAAAACCUGGUCACAUGAACCAUGGAAGUCAUGUUCAAAGAGUUCAGCAUUCAGCUUCUACUUCCCUAUCUCCUUCACCAGUGACAUCCCCAGUUCAUAUGAUGGGAUCCGGGAUUGGAAGGAUAGAGGCUUCUCCCCAAAGAUCACGUUCUUCUUCCACAUCAUCAGAUCAUGGAAAUUUCCUGCUGCCUCCAGUAGGACCACAGUCAUCUUGUACUGGUAUUAAAGUUCCUCCCAGGUCCCCACGGUCAACAAUAGGGUCGCCAAGACCGUCUAUGCCAUCUAGCCCCUCCACCAAGCAUGAUGGACUUAAUCAAUACAAGGACAUCCCUAACCCAUUAAUUGCUGGAAUGAGUAAUGUAUUAAAUCCUCCAAACAAUGCAGUUUUUUCUACUGCAUCGGCUGGAAGUGGUUCUUUGAAGAGUCAGCCUGGUUUGCUGGGAAUGCCUUUAAAUCAGAUCUUGAACCAGCACAAUGCUGCCUCUUUUCCAGCAAGUAGUUUACUCUCAGCAGCAGCCAAAGCACAGCUAGCAAAUCAAAAUAAACUUGCUGGUAACAACAAUAACAGCAGUAGCAAUUCUGGACCUGUUGCCAGCGGUGGCAACAACGAAGGACAUAGCACUUUAAAUACCAUGUUCCCUCCUGCUGCCAAUGUGCUUCUACCAACGACUGAAGGGCAAAGUGGUCGAGCAGCACUGAGAGAUAAACUGAUGUCUCAGCAAAAAGAUCCUCUGAGAAAAAGAAAGCAGCCAACCACCACAGUGUUGAGUUUGCUGAGGCAGUCUCAGUUGGAGAGUUCUGGAGUUUCCAAAGCUGGAUCUGAUUUAGUAAGAAAGCAAAGUCAAAGCUCUUUUCCCAUCAGCUCUAUGUCCCAAUUACUUCAGUCCAUGAGUUGUCAAAGCUCUCACAUGAGCAGCAAUAGUACUACCAGCUGUGGGAGCUCAAACACUGUUUUACCUUGCUCUGGUAACCAGAUGCAUUUUGCAGACACCAGUAUGAACUCUGGCACUCUUCAGAACUCACUGGCACAGAGUUUACCAUUACGAGGGGAAGGUAUGCACUGCCAGAACACAAACACUAACUUUGUCCAUGGUACUAGCCCUGCCACCACCAACCAUCUCGCGGGUUUAAUAAAUCAGAUGCAGGCUAGUGGGAACUGUGGGAUGCUCAGUCAGUCAGGAAUGGCUUUAGGAAAUUCAUUACAUCCGAACCCACCUCAGCCAAGAAUCCAGGCAUCCUCCACUCCAGUGAUACCAAACAGCAUUGCUAGCAGCUGUAAUCAAACAAGUCCUGAAGCAGGGGGUUCAGGACCAUCAUCAUCAAUAGCCAUAGCUGGCACCAGCCAACCCGCCAUCACAAAGACAACAUCUGUUCUUCAAGAUGGUGUUAUAGUCACUACUGCAGCUGGAAACCCUCUUCAGAGCCAGCUGCCCAUUGGGGGUGAUUUCCCUUUCGCUGGCCACGAACACUCGCUUCAUUUCCCGCAGAACAGCUCUUCAAACAACAAUCUUCCACCUUCUUUGAAUCAAAACCUCCUCAGUUCUCUACCUAUCUCUUUGCCAGUGAAUCAGCAACAUCUCCUAAGCCAGAAUCUAUUAAAUAUACUGCAGCCUUCAGCAGGAGAAGGCAAGUCUGAGGUCAACCUCAACCCUUUAGGUUUUCUCAACCCGAAUGUAAAUGCUGCUUUAGCUUUUCUCUCCAGUGACGUGGAUGGGCAGGUAUUACAGCCUGUUCAUUUUCAGCUUCUAGCAACCCUCCUCCAGAACCAAGCCCAAGCAGCUGCCAUGCUUCCCCUACCAUCUUUCAAUCUGACCAUCUCAGAUUUGUUGCAACAGCAAAAUAACCCUUUGCCCUCAGUAACACAGAUGACAGCCCCACCUGACCAUUUGCCAAGCAAUCAGUCAGAAAGCAACAGGGUUGAGACCCUUUUAAGCAACCCCUUGGGGAACCCUUUACCAAGCUUUUCAGGCACUGACACUACUUCUAACCCCCUGCUCCUCCCAGCUGUCUCUGGGGCCUCAGCAUUAAUGGCCUUGAAUCCCCAGCUGGUGGGAGGUGUCCUGAACUCUGCGUCGGGCAACACCGCUAAUCAUCCAGAGGUUUCCAUAGCCACCUCCUCCCAAGCAACCACUACCACAACCACUACAUCAUCAGCAGUGGCAGCACUGUCUGUCUCUACCCUGGGUGGUGGGACAGCAGUGGUGUCAAUGGCAGAAACAUUGCUGAACAUAUCUAAUAAUGCUGGGAAUACAUCUGGUCCAGCUAAACUCAACAGUAACUCUGUGGUGCCACAGCUACUUAACCCUCUACUGGGGACAGGUCUGCUUGGUGACAUGUCAUCUAUAAACACUACUUUGAAUAACCAUCAACUGAGUCAUCUCCAGUCACUAUUAAACAACAAUCAGAUGUUUCCUUCAAAUCAGCAGCAACAGCACCUUCUCCAGGGGUAUCAGAACAUGCAGGGCUUUCAAGGCCAGCCCCCAAUUCCUGGCCCAGCUAACAACCCAAACCCCAUGGCAUGUCUGUUCCAAAAUUUCCAGGUGAGAAUGCAGGAAGAUGCUGCUGCCCUGAACAAAAGAAUGAUCACUCAGAUGGGAAUGGCACCAGUUCCUGAGAGCUCCAACGCUAUGCUUCCUCCUUUCCAAGAAACAUCUUGUGAUUUGCAGCAAAGAACUGAACCAUCUCUUGGUCAACAGGCAAAGGAUAACCUCAAUGUCGCUGCUCAGGGUGAUACAUCAGUGGAUGCGAUCUACAAAGCAGUCGUAGAUGCUGCAAGCAAAGGAAUGCAAGUAGUGAUCACCACUGCCGUUAGCAGUACCACACAGAUGAGUCCCAUUCCAGCUUUGAGUGCCAUGAGUGCCUUCACAGCCUCAAUUGGUGACCCGCUAAAUCUCUCUAGUGCUGUCAGUGCAGUAAUCCAUGGAAGAAACAUUGCUGUUUCUGAUCAUGAAGGUAGGAUAAGAAACACUAGAGGAACGCGAGUACUGAAGAAUUCGGAGCAUGGUAAAAAUUCAAGUGAAGGGGAUGGGUAUGAAUAUUACAAAUCAACAAGUUGUAACACACCCAAAAAACAGUGGGAAGGGGAGCAAAGUCCUGUCGGUGAGAUAAAUAGGUGGAAAUGUGAGGAGUUUCUAGACCACUCCACCCAUAUCCAUAGUAGUCCUUGUCACGAAAGGCCCAAUAACAUCUCCACACUGCCAUUAUUGCAAGGUGAGCAGCAUCAGAUACUGUUAUCACAGAGAAACUGUCAAAGUGAUAAAAUGUUGGAGGAGAAUUUCAGGUAUAACAAUUACAAAAGAACUAUGAUGAGUUUUAAGGAAAGACUGGAGAACACUGUGGAACGCUGUGCACACAUAAAUGGAAAUAGGCCUCAGCAGAACAGAGGAUACGGGGAGUUGCUGAACACUUCUAAACAAGACCUGAUUCUGGAAGAGCAAUCUCCAAGUUCCUCAAAUAGUUUGGAAAGUUCGUUAGUUAAAGACUACAUCCAUUACAAUGGAGAUUUUAAUGCCAAAAGCAUUAAUGGGUGUGUGCCUAGCCCUUCAGAUGCUAAAAGCAUCAGUAGUGAAGAUGACCUAAGGAAUCCAGAUUCCCCUUCUUCAAAUGAGCUGAUACAUUACAGGCCGAGGACGUUCAAUGUUGGCGACUUGGUCUGGGGCCAAAUCAAAGGACUGACUUCAUGGCCUGGAAAACUAGUAAGAGAAGAAGACGUUCACAAUUCAUGUCAACAGAACGCUGAGGAGGGGAAGGUCUGGGUAAUGUGGUUUGGUGUUCAUACCUUCACUCAGGUGGAGCCAGAGAAGUUGAAGACACUAACAGAAGGUCUAGAAGCUUACAACCGAGCCAGGAAAAGGAACAGAAAAAGUGGAAAGCUAAAUAACCAUUUAGAAGCUGCUAUACACGAGGCCAUGAGUGAGCUAGACAAAAUGUCUGGGAAUGUCCACCAAAUCCCACAGGGAGACAGACAAGUGAAGCCUCCAAAACCCAAGAGGAGGAAGAUCUCUAGAUAACAUUGAAUGUCUUUGUUACUGGUCCAGUACUUAUCAAAACGAACGUGCACAUAAGUCUGUAUGUAGGUAUUGAUAUAGACGUGGUUAUAUCAAUAUUUAUAUGAAGACGGCCGCCGCCGCGGGGUGCUACGUGGAGUGUGGUACAGUGGUGUGGAUGAUCAGGAGGGAGAGCGGUUGCUGGAAAAGCCAAUCAGAAAUCCGGGAAGGUCGCAGUAACCAUGUCAGAUGAUUACUGAGGUUUUUUUGUUUUGGGUUUUUUUUUUUUUUUUCUAUAAUACUAAAAUUGUGAUUAUAAGAAAUAGUCCAAAUGUUUCUGAGAAAUUUUCAUUGUGUAUAUAGAUAAUACAGAAUUUCAUGGUGAUAUCUGAAAUGUAAAUAUUGUACAAUAUUGUCAUGUACAAGCGUACCUAAUGCACACUUUAUCUUUUAUUGUACAAAAAAAUAGUGUACAAAAUUCUUUGGUUUCUAUUGAGUACACAUACAAGAGACUACCAGUGUAAAGUGAUAAAUAAAAAUACAGCCUAAAUGCUUUUAUAUGAUAAUGUAAAA